UUGAAGUGUUUGCUACGUGAUACGCGCAACAUAAUUUUCCACGACUCUCGUUACAAAAUGAUGGACGUUUAUUCAGUGUUUUAACAGAAAUUUUUUUAUGAAGCGCAGCAAAAAAAGUGAAUGAAAGACAAUCGAACCAUUGAAAAUAAAUUAUUAGAAUAAGAAAAUAAAAACAAUCUGAAACGUGUACAAAAAGCGAAUGUGUUUUGUGUAAAUCAAACGGAAGUUCCGGAAUAAAAACCGAAAUGAAUCGCAAAAAGUUUUUGUUCAUUAUCUCCGCGGUUUGCAUCAUCGCAUUUUCAUUGCCGCUGCGUGCUGCUGGCGGUAAUUUGGUUAAACGCAGUCUCAAGGAUACCAUUAAAUGUUACGAAGACUCGAAAUUCUAUCGAAAUCCCGAACGCGAAAAGCAUAAGAUAUGGACAAAUUCCGAAUGUUCGAAAUACUAUUUGUGUUUGGAUGGUGAAGUGUUUGAAUUUAAAUGUUCUGUUGGACUUUUGUUCGAUGUCAUGCGUCAAAUUUGUGAUUUUAAGCAAAACGUUGAUAAUUGCGAUGUCACAGCAGAGGCAAAAAUACCAAAGCCGCUAUUAGAAGAAGGCAAUUGUGAAAGCAAUCAACUUGCAUGCGCCGAUUCAACAUGUUUGCCGAAUGAGUACUUUUGUGAUGGUUCAGUUGAUUGCAGCGAUGGCAGCGAUGAAGGUUGGUGUGAUUCAGAUAAUGAUCCAAACGCCGCCGAAUCAUGUGAUUUAUCACAAUGCCAACUUCCAGAAUGCUUUUGUUCAAAAGAUGGAACGUUAAUACCGGGCCGCUUAGAACCAAAUCAAGUCCCACAAAUGAUCGUGUUGACAUUCGAUGAUGCCAUCAACUUUGAAAAUUGGGAACUAUUUACCACAAAAUUAUUCACACCAAAUCGCAAAAACCCCAAUGGCUGUUCAAUUAAAGGCACUUUUUAUGUAUCACAUCAAUUUACCAACUAUCAAAUGGUACAAAAAAUGUGGAACGACGGACACGAAAUUGCCGUACACUCGAUCACACAUCGUGGACCCGAAGAGUGGUGGUCACGUAAUGCAACAAUUGAAGAUUGGUUCGAUGAAAUGGUGGGUCAAGCGAAUAUCAUAAAUAAAUUUGCCAACGUACGAAUGGAAGAUUUAAGAGGAAUGCGUGUACCAUUUUUGCGUGUCGGUUGGAAUCGUCAAUUUUUGAUGAUGAAAGAAUUUGGUUUCGUAUACGAUUCAUCGAUGGUGGCACCAUUUUCGAAUCCACCAUUGUGGCCAUAUACAUUGGACUAUAAAAUGCCGCAUGCAUGUACUGGCAAUAAUCAACAUUGUCCAUCGCGUAGCUAUCCAGGCGUUUGGGAAAUGGUGAUGAAUCAAUUUCAAGCUGGCGAUUAUUAUUGUGGCAUGGUUGACAGUUGUCCGCCUCAUUUGAAUGGUGAAGAUGUUUACCGAAUGCUUUCGCAUAAUUUUAAGCGUCACUAUGCGUCAAAUCGAGCACCGUUCGGACUUUACUUCCACGCAACAUGGUUCAAAAAACCGGAAUAUAUCGAUGCAUUUAUGCGAUUUAUGGACGACAUUGCCAAAAUGUCGGAUGUUUAUUUUGUUACAAAUUAUCAAGCGAUUCAAUGGAUGCGCCAUCCCACGCCAAUUAAUUCACUUAAUCAAUUCGAACCGUGGAAUUGUAAGGGAAAAUCAUUUGAACCGGCUGAAAUAGCAUGUAACUUACCACAUACAUGCAAACUACGAAGCCGAGUACUUCAACAAGAUCGAUAUUUCUACACAUGCAAUGAGUGUCCGGCACAAUAUCCAUGGAUUCGCAAUGAAUUUGGCUUAGAUUAGGUUAUCAUUUCAAACUUCAUUAAAAACAGAUACAAAAUGAUUUAAGUUUAGAAUUAAAGUAACGCAAAAAAGAAA